GCGGUUGCAUCUAACUACCGCAAGCGGGCCAACGAACUUUGCUUCACCUCCCCGCAUCUUCCCCUCACCUCACUCAUCGCCCUCUCUUCUUCCUGUCCGCUCGUCGUCGUCUCCGGCUCUCCUGCUCCUGGAUCAAUCAUCAAUGGACGUGCUGCCUGCGGAGCUGUGCUUCAAGAUCUUCCACCUCCUCGAUCACCAGGCCCUCGCCGCCGCUCCCCAAGUCUGCAGGAAGUGGAACGCGCUGACCUGCGACGACGAGCUGUGGCGCAGGCUGUUUGUGGGCAGAUGGGGAGCGGACGCCGCGGCCUUCUACGCGCCGGCGCCGGAGGGCUCCAAGCCGUGGAAGGACGUCUUCGUCGUGCAGGACCGAUGCGACCGAUACGGACUGGGCGUCAGGAUCAUCAGGGAAGGGAACGACUACUACCUCAUCUACCAGGGCGAGAUCCAGAGCUACCUGGGCACCAGCUCCGACUCCGCUGCCAAGGACGCAGCACAGCCGCAGGGCGGCGAGGCCGAGAAGAAGAGGCAGAUAUCUGACCGGAUCCUCUUCUUCCUGGGGGACCUGGAGACUGCCUAUGCGGAUGCCAAACGUGUCAAGGCGUGACCUAUGGCGAAUGCGCCUGUAUAAUUCCUGUUCUUCUUCUGCAUAUCUCGUGCAUAAUAGGGCUGUAUCUAUCCACGUACAAUCCUCCUCUCCUGUAUUCUUCUUCAUUUGCAAAUAACAAUUCAGAUAUUCGCCUGUAAUAGAUCUACUCACACUUUUCAACUGCAUAUGCACAAGUCCGACACUGUAAUUCAGUC